AUGGCAACUUCUCUCACUGCCCACAUCUCCGCUGGCACACAGCCCUCUGCUCCUUCUUUCUCCGGUCUCCGCCGCAUUUGUCCCAAGCUCGACGCCGCCGUCUCCUUCUCCCACCGCCUCAAUUCCUCUACCCGUCUCGUUUCUUCUUCGCGCCGGUCUCCUAGAGGCGUUGUCGCCAUGGCCGGAUCCGGAAAGUUUUUCGUUGGAGGAAACUGGAAGUGUAACGGGACCAAGGACUCCAUCGCCAAGCUUGUCUCUGAUCUCAACGCUGCAACCUUGGAAGCAGAUGUAGAUGUUGUUGUGUCACCUCCAUUUGUCUACAUCGACCAGGUCAAAUCUUCGCUGACAGACCGUAUUGAAAUAUCUGGUCAGAACUCUUGGGUUGGUAAAGGUGGAGCCUUCACUGGUGAAAUCAGCGUGGAACAGCUCAAAGACCUCGGCUGCAAAUGGGUCAUUCUUGGGCAUUCCGAACGGAGACAUGUCAUUGGAGAAAAGGAUGAGUUUAUCGGGAAGAAAGCUGCUUACGCAUUGAGUGAGGGUCUUGGAGUAAUAGCUUGUAUUGGGGAAAAGCUAGAAGAGAGGGAAGCAGGCAAGACAUUUGAUGUUUGCUUCGAGCAAUUGAAGGCGUUUGCUGAUGCUGUGCCUAGCUGGGACAAUGUAGUGGUUGCAUACGAGCCUGUAUGGGCAAUCGGAACUGGUAAAGUUGCGUCUCCUCAGCAAGCACAAGAAGUCCAUGUAGCUGUCCGCGAUUGGCUCAAGAAGAAUGUCUCUGAGGAAGUCGCCUCCAAAACGAGAAUCAUAUACGGAGGUUCUGUCAAUGGAGGCAACUGUGCAGAGCUUGCCAAAGAAGAAGACAUUGAUGGAUUUCUUGUCGGUGGUGCCUCCUUGAAGGGUCCUGAGUUUGCAACCAUUGUGAACUCAGUCACGUCGAAGAAAGUUGCUGCUUAA